CAUAACAAAGUGCGAAGGAAAAGCGCUUGCAUUGCCACGUCUAACAGCACUUUAAGAAUAAAACUUACCGGUUAUAGUUUGAGAGCCGUCGAAAACGCUAGAAAUUUGAAUGCUACUGUAUUAGUCACCAUAGCCCACCGGUUGCCGGGAAACCGAAAUUGGAAAUAAAGGAGUAAUUUUCAAUUUACUUCACAUAUGUAAGUUCCAAUAUUUAGAGGAAAAUUAUAUUUUGUAGCAUCUUUUUUAAUAAAAAUAAACCCAUCUUAAAGAGGUAAAUGGUAAGUUCUUUGCCAGUGAAUGUAUUACACAGUGACUUAUUUUGUAAAUUACUUCAGGCAUUCAAUCGACGAUUAUCCUUCAUAGCGGAAUGGUAUCAGGAGGAGGCAGCAAUUAUACGCACAUUCACUAUAAUUUUUUACCCAACCGGCAAUGCAAUUGAAGUGUACGAUCAACAACACAAACGCACUUUCCUACGGCGCACCAAAAUGCCUGAGUUAUCCGAGCGUGAUUUUUUUAUUGGCUCAAAAAUCAACAUUUUCGGAAGACAAUUUGAUAUAGUCAAUUACGCUGAUGAAAUAACGAAGAACUCGCUCCACAAAUAUCGCACAAAAACUUUUCUGCUUUUAAAGAACACCUGCGUUCAACAUUUGGGUGCCGUACUCUGUGCUCUUAUCGAUUGUAAUUUUAGUAUUAAUAGAGGACUUAUGGUGCAAUUCACACCCGAGCAGGUGAAGGCCUUCUUAAGAAAUAAACCAAAUGUUGAAGCUUCCAGCUCGCUAUUGAACCAACUAAUAGGUGGUCCUUCUAUGGGCUUCGAAGUCAUUGCCGAUAAUGUAGUACAGAAACUCAAAUCCUGCCAGGAACAAAGUAAAGAUUGUUCUAAAGAUAACACUAUUGCCCCGCUUGUAACUUUAUUCGAACGGGAAGACAUUCGUUUAAGCAUUUAUUGCCCAAAUAACGAAGAGGAGGCAGAACAGGAUAUUAGUUUCUUUUUCAAUCCAAAAAAUGGCUUGCAGGCCACACUACAACUGAAAAAUUCUACAUUGGCCAUUAUAAAACCGCAUUGCAUUAAAGAAGGGAACUUAGGUCGAAUAAUAUCUGAGAUAACCAGUAACGGCUUUAAAAUUGCUGGUCUUCGCAUGAAUUUAAUGGAGCGCGUGAAUUGUGAAGAAUUUUUUGAAGUCUACCGUGGUAUUUUGCCAGAAUAUAUACCAAUGGUGGCACAACUUGCAAGCGGUGUAAGUAUGGCGUUGGAAAUCGUUUGUGCCGAUGAAAAUAAAAACUCAUACGAGGAAUUUAGACAAUUUUGUGGACCAAUGGAUCCGGAAAUUGCAAAACUGCUGCGUCCGCAUACAUUGCGUGCAAAAUUUGGAGUUAAUAAAACAUUAAACGCCGUUCACUGCACAGAUUUGCCGGAUGAUACCUUACUGGAAUUGCAAUAUGUUUUUAAAAUUUUAGAUUAAAUUUAGAUAUAAUGGUAUUUAAUGGAAUUUUUAAUAUGGAAUUGUUUUAUGCAAACUAAAUGCUAAUUCUACGACUGCUGGAGCU